AAACAUGCGCCUUCCCUCGACCAACCUGUUGUAAGAGCUUCUUGAUGCCAUUGUAGUCGUUGCGUGAAACGGCGUGGGCUUCGAAGUCCACCGUCACCUCCUAAAUGGCGAACAAACCUGCUUAUUUUACAGUCCCUUGUAAAAGAUGUUAGAACUGAAUUGAAGGCUAACAUCACAGUCGACAGCUGCCUUAGCGUUAGCAACCUAGCGAGGCCGAGCAUUCAGUCGGUCGUGUCUCAAUGAUAAACGUCAUUCCCACCUCGUUAAUCUCCUCUUCGGACGCUUGGCUGUCCUCCCCGGUGGAAUCGCCGUCUUCCCCCAGACUCUCGUCCGUGCUGUCGUCGCUUUCCCGGGGAUUCUCCCCCAGACCUACCGCCCUCUUCUUAGCCGACGACGCCAUGCUGCAAACAUGCGCCGAGCGUGGGCGUGGCGGAGAAGGACCUGGGGAUUGCGCGGACGCCAUUUUGGCUCAAACCUGGCGGGUUUCCGCAUGGCGUGUCGUGAACGAAGGAGUUUCAUUCGUAAUUUUCACUCACGUUGAAAUGCCAAUUGGCAAAAAGUACUAUGUAUCUUUAUAAUAUAGUAAAACUAACAUCUGACGUAAAAUGAACCUUUGUGGUGUUUAGUCAACUUUCAAAAUUUCAGGAAACUGGUGCGUCUCCGGACGCCAUUUUGGCUCAAAUCUUCGGUUUCACAUAGUUACAUCAGAGCCAAAAUGGAGAUCGUCAAAUGGAAUAAACUCAUCUCGAAGGGGUGACACUUAUUCAAACUGCGUUUCCGCUCUCGACUCAAAGAGCGUUUCAUUUGGGAAUUGUUUUAAUUACACAUGAGUUGUGACACGCAAGUCGUGUUUGGGAGGAGUACGUUAGUGAAUUUGACAAUAUUGUGCCCCCUCUUUGCUACUGGUCUCUUCGCGCUCAGCUGUGCGGACAAGCUAGCGAGUUUUGAACCCAGUUUUUAAAAUGACAACAGUGGUGUGACGCAGACGUCAUGGUGCGUUACGGCUAAUUUUUAAUCGAGAUGAACGUGCUGCUUCUGAAGGCGCCACAAGAUGGCGCUCCAGUGCCUGAUCCCUACAUCCAGGAGAUGGCAUCACGUGGGCUUCAAGCAACCCUGCUGCCUGUGCUAUCUUUUAACUUUGUAUCGUUAAACACCCUCUCGGAUAAGCUUUUCCAACCGGAAAAAUACGGUGGUCUCAUAUUUACGAGCCCGAGAGCGGUGGAAGCAGUGAAGAUGUGCUUAGCGGACAGAAGAGAAGAAUGGGAGCGGUCAGCCAAAGACAAGUGGAACGCAAAGUCCGUUUAUGUGGUGGGCAAAGCGACGGCCGCCUUAGUACGCCGUCUUGGCUUGGAUCCCCUCGGCGAGGACGCAGGGACGGCGGAGGUCCUGUCUUGUGUCAUCAUUGAACGCGAGGUCACCAGUAUCCCCCCACUUUUCUUCCCCUGCGGCUCCAUCAAAAGAGAAGUCCUGCCUACAGCGUUGAGGGAGAAUGGUGUUCCCCUCGAGACGCUGACUGUCUACCGCACGGCGGCACAUCCCGAUGUGGAGAAGAAUCUCAACGACUAUUUUGCAGCGCAGCUAUUCCUCUCCAGAUACGGCUUCAUGAAGCCAGUGAGGUGGGAGGAGAUGCGGGACCAGGACGGGGAUCUCGACUACGACGACGGCUUCUUUGACGACCUCCGAGCUAGCGUCCGGGAGGGGACCUCGGUGCCUCCUUCCGGGGAUCGCCCUCCUCCAGACGGAGAAAGCCAAGCGUUUACGGCAGCACUUAAAGACUUCCAGAGGCUGUCCGGCCUGCCGGUGACUGGCGCGUUUGACGACGGCACCAGGGAGGCCAUGAACAAGCCGAGGUGUGGCGUCCCCGACGAGGAAAGGGAUCAGGAACCGGAUGACCUUGCCGAGAAUGUGGCCUUGGAUGUUGAAAACGGCACCACUUGGAGCAAGACUGAUAGCAACUACAUAACAAGUGACACACUGUCUGGUGCUGCUAACGACUCUGAAAUGUUAUUAGUGAGGCUUAAUGGCACAGAAAGUGCUCUCUCUGACACCAACAACACUGAUUUCGGCCCAGAUUUCAGGCCAAAAAACACCUCCGUGGAUAACAAUUCGGCAAAAAUGCGCCCUAGCCCAGCGGUGGUGCGCAAGAAACGCCACCUGGCCGCCCUGGUCUCCCGGCGCAGGCGCAAGAGGGACCUGGGCGAGGCGGGACACGUGGCCUUCAGCAAGAACGUCCUGAAAUGGCGGCUGAUGGGCGAAGGCUACAGCAGUCAGCUGUCCAUCGAGGAGCAGCGCUACAUUUUCAGGCUGGCCUUCAGGAUGUGGAGCGAGGUGUCGCCACUCCAGUUCGUGGAAGACAACCGCUCGCCGCUGGAGGAUAUCGACAUCAGGCUGGGCUUUGGCACAGGAAGACAUCUCGGUUGCAACCAGCGGUUCGAUGGAAGCGGUCAAGAGUUUGCUCAUGCCUGGUUCCUGGGCGACAUCCACUUUGACGACGACGAACAUUUCACCGCCCCCGACGCCGGCAGUGGGAUUAGCCUCCUUAAGGUGGCGGUUCACGAGAUCGGACACGUUUUGGGGCUGCCCCACAUCUACAGACCUGGCUCCAUCAUGCAGCCCAGCUACUUGCCCCAAGAGGCCAAUUUUGAGAUGGACUGGAUGGACAGGAAAGCCAUACAGAACCUCUACGGGGGUUGCGAGGGCCGCUUCAGCACUGUAUUCGACUGGAUCCGACGAGAGAAGACCCCCUACGGCAAAGCGGUGGUCCGCUUCAACACCUACUUCGUGAGGGAGGGCUGGUACUGGCUGUACGAGAACCGGAACAAUCGGACCCGCUACGGGGACCCGGUGCCGCUGCAGAUCGGCUGGCGGGGGCUCCCUGCAGACGGAGUGGACGCUUACGUGCACGUUUGGUCCCGGAAACAAGAUGCCGUUUACUUCUUCAAAGGUACUCAGUUCUGGAAGUAUGACAGCGAAAACGACAAGGUCUUCAAACAGGACCCAGAGGGCCACCGCUACCCCAGGAAGAUUUCUGAGGGUUUCCCGGGAAUCUUCGGUCCCAUUGACACGGCCGUUUACGACCGAAGGGACUCGCGCAUUUACUUCUUCAAAAGCAGUCUUGUGUACGCCUUCGGCGUGGAGUCCAACGGCACGGCGCCAGGUUUCCCCAAACCCAUCCGAGAGGUAUUCCCGCCGACGUCCGGCGUCGACCACCCGGGCGGCAACGUCGACGCCGCCUACUUCUCGUACGCGCACAACUCCGUCUUCCUCUUCAAGGACCGGCGCUUCUGGCAGGUGGCGAGCGGCCGCGACCGCCGCCGCCGCCGCCCCUUCCUGCCGCGUAACGGCCUGCUGCCGCACAAGGAAGUGGACCAGCGCUGGUUCGACAUCUGCAACGUCCACCCCACCGCGCUCACGCUGACCAGAUGAAGACGGACUUUGCUGUGAAAGACUUGGAUGUGUGCCCCUCAUGAUGCGUCCUUUGCCAACUUGUGGCCCAUUCAGCUAUAAUACAGUGCAUCCGGAAAGGACUCGCAGUGCUUUGCUUUUUCCACAUUUUGUUGGGUUACAGCCUUAUAAAAAAAAAAAAACAAAGUUGCACAUAACACCCUAAAACGACAAGAUGAAAACUGGACUGAAUUUACCACAGGUGGACUCCAAUAAAGCUGUCAAAACAUCUCAAGGUGGAGAAGUGGAAACUGAUCCUCAUGCAACCAGAUUGGCUGCCCAAGCGAAGGUGUGCCAAGCAAAAAAGACUUCAGCCUGUAAUUGCCAGCAAAAGGCUGCGUAUACUUGUGUACAUGUCGUUUUUUGCAUUUUUAAUAG